AGCGCUGGUGCAUAGGUGUAUGCACUGUAUGGUUUAAGGCGCAUCGUGUGAUAAGGGCUGUAGUUCAAAACACUCAUCAGACAGAACUGCCGCAAUAUAUAGUGUCUACAUAAUAAGCUUAGCACAUUUCUAGAACAGUGGGACAACGUGUGAACACGAGAGCGCAGAUGUAUACAGUGCACUCAUUCCACAAGUUCUGAGUGUGUGUGUUCGUUUAUAUGGACCUGCGCUCCCGUGGUCGGUGCUAGCGCAAGAGGAAAGAGACAUCGUGUGGAAGUACGUUUACGGAGCUAUAUGAAAAUUUAAUUAAUGUCAUUGAAAUGCAGUGAAUGAAGAUACAGUACCAAGAAAUCAUAUAAGUGAAAUCCAAGUAAGAAAUGCUGAACUUGCAAUAUGAAUGACGAUUCUAACCUUUAUGAUUAUGAUACCAUUCAAGAUUUCGUUAUCUCUGUCAACAUCGGUAAUGUUGUUCAUCUUCAGUGAUAUCACUCCGUGUCUCCAGCUGCUGAGAGGAAUCUGAUUUGAGUGGAUAGUAGUUAACAUGUCUAAACAUGGCAGAACGAGAAGUGGACCCUACAGUUUCUCGUGCAGUUCGAUUGAUGAUGUCUCGAACAAAGGAAAGCCAAGAACAGCUAAGGAUGAUGCUGGAGGAUGAAAUACGGAAGAGGACUGGAAAGAACAUGGGACAUCUCUUGCGUCCUGUGGAUUCAGUCCUCGAUGUUGCAGAUAGUAACACAAGAAAAAAGAAUCUUGAGACAAGAACUGUAAGUUUACACAUUGAGGAAGCACCGAAAGAUUCGCAUAUGAAUGAAGAAUUUGAUGAUGAAGACAAUGACUCUGAGAUCAACUUGGAGAUAUUAGAAGAGGAUCUGACAUGUAUUGUCUGCAGAGGAAUGGAUGUGGCUCCAAGGAAUCGCCUCAUUGAAUGCACAGAGUGCCAUUCAUUAUACCAUCAAGAGUGCCACCAGCCACCUGUUGGUGAAGCUGAUAUGGAAGACCCAAGAUCAAUAUGGUACUGUACAGACUGCUUGAAAACAAUUAACAGAGCUGUGUCUAAGCCACAUGCUUCACCAAAAUCAACUGUGAAAGACCCUGUCUCAACUGUGAAGCCUACAUUGAAAGCUGAAUCUGCACCACCAACUCUUGUAUUCAAAAGAACAGAAAAGCCUUUCCAGAUGCCAAUUAAUCAAGUAAACAGCAAAAGUGGCUCUCAAGGUGUUGUGGGAAUGGCUGGAUUAGCAACAAGUAUUCAGGCGGCCCAUCAUUCCAGUAAGCAGACAUAUGUUGGUGGAGGAGGAAAGCCUAGUCUGGUAUCUUCAUUUCCUCAAGGGAUCAAAACCUUUGGAGGUUCUCCUGUUUCUGCCUCAGCUUGUAUUUCCAAGCAAAUGCCAGUGCAAUCUUCAUCUGGAACAACCUCUGAUUGUAAUAUUAAUUCCAUUACUACAAUGACAUCAACACCUACUGCUGUUCAUACAACUAGUGGUGGUGGUGGUGGUGGUGGUGGUGGUGGUGGCGGCACUGCUGCUGCUGCCGCUGCCACUACUACUACAGCCUCUGCAACUGGAUCUUCAUCUAAAUCAUCUGUGGUACCCAAAAUAAAUGUUAUUUCUGCCGACAAAAGAAUAGCAAAUAUGAAGAAGAAAGCUGCAAAACUUCAGGAGAAAAGGAAACAUUCAAAAUGAAACUACUAUUGAUUAAUAUAAUAUUAAAUUAUUGACAAUGUAUAUGUAAUUAGCUUAUGUUUAUUGCAUAAUUGUCAAUAUUGGAACAAGUUACUUGUUCAGUUCUAUUUUCUCAUGAUAGUACAAUGCAGUUUGCUUAUUCAGAAGUCCACUGUGCUAAGACUGUUCAGUGUAUAGUUGCCACUUUUAAAAACAGAUAAGAUCAAACAGGAAUUCUUGUUAUUUUACUCCCAGCAAUGAAAUAAUUUGCAAGAGUGAAUCUUUAGCAGAAACUGAAUGUUGUUCUUUCUCUGUUUUACAGAAUAUUUUUAGUUUAUAUUUUUAUAACCAGUGAAUAGAUUUCCAACCAGUGUACCAAAAUAAAUGUGUAAAAUAAAUAUUAAUAUCACUC